UGUACCCUCACGUCAGUCACAUCUGACAUUAUCUCAAUUCAUUUCGCAGUUGUGUGUAGUCUGGUAAUUAUUAUUUGGUACGGCUGAAUUAAAUUAUAAAAAUUUUACGUAAAUGCCAAUAUAAGUAUCAUUUGAUGUAAUGAUAAUUUCUUGAUUAAUAAUUUUGAUAUUGUUAUUUUUUAAAUACUGUACAUAAGGAAAUUACCGUGAAAAUUUGAGUGAAGACUGAAGACAAAGUAACCUAUAAUUUUACUAACAUUCAUCAGUCAGUGUAAUUUCAUUUGAAGCCAUUGAAGAUGAUUGAGUGGGAAGAUUUACGUAAACAAGCAAGAAAACUUGAAAAUGAGAUUGAUUUGAAACUAGUAUCUUUCAGCAAGCUAGGCACUGGAACUGUUACUACUUAUAAAAAUAAUGACAGUGCUACAGAGCCUCUGCUUUCAACAGAACAUGUUUUUGAUUCAGUAGCAAUGGAGAUAGAACAACUUUUGACAAAGCUUACAACUGUCAAUGAGAAACUGGGAGAGAUCGCAUCUAGUGAGGCAGGGAACGGCCCUGCAAUGCUACACACUCUGCAGAGACAUAGAGACAUUUUGCAGGAUUACACACAGGAGUUUCGCAAGACACAACAAAACUACAGAGCUCGACGGGAACGGGAGAAUCUGUUACACAGCGUUAAAAAAGAUAUUGAUUCAUACAAGAAUUCAAAUGGACUAAACCGGCGUAUGGAUUUGUACAUGAAAGAAAAUAAACAUAUUAGGAACUCAGACCGAAUGAUUGAUGAGCAGAUCACAAUAGCUGUGGAAACACGAGAACACUUAGUGUCCCAGAGGUUGAGUAUGAAGCGUUUGCAGACACGCAUCCAUGACCUGUCCAGCAGAUUCCCCUUAGUCAACAGCCUUGUGCAAAGGAUAAACAUCCGCAAACGCAGAGACUCCUUGAUUCUCGGCUUGGUUGUUGGGCUUUGUACUUUCCUUUUGCUACUCUACACUUUCCGCUAGAAUUUAUAACGGUUUGUUUGUCUAUAUUUUAUCUCCCUGUAUAUAAUUACUAAUGUAUUUGUAUGAUUUACCAUGUUAUAUAAUCACAUUGUUAUUUCUUAAUAAAGGUCAAUUUUAUGAAUGUUC